UGAGAUAUUCGGCGUGGCGCUCGUUAAAUUGAUGACGAAAGAAUGGCGUUCCUGGACCAUAUGGCUGCAGGUGCUCGACACGUCCACACUCUUCAGCGAAUUUAUGCUGCUGCGCCGCAUGCACUUGCUCUAGUUCUAUGAGGAACAUCCAGAUCGCGAUUGCAAUAGCUUGCAUCUAUUCAAGUAUUAUAUGCGAUCUGAGCUAAAAGCGGAUGCUGUCUUCAUGCGGAAAUUUUUCAAUGCCAUUUUUGAAGUGGCACGCCAUUUGCUGAUGCCGCAUGUCACCUUUGUUGGCACUACAUUGGAGGAGCAGCUACAAGCGGAGGCAGCCGGUUUUCAUGCGCUCUCUCACCUCAUCUAUUCGCUGUUGGAGAAUCAGGGUGUGCGCGCAUUUCAGUCGUUGCGCGAUAUUGACGAAAUGUAUAUGGUGUUGUACGAGCGUGAAAUAGAGCCGAUAACGCCCUUCUACCGCUUGCCGCCACCGCAUGUAUACGACGAAGAGGAUCGGCUGAAGCACGAGAAACGUUCAGAGCUGGAAGAGGAGGCGGAUACCAGUAGUAAAAGACUGGACAUGGAUAACAAAAGGCAGUCUGUUACUAACCUAGCAGUAAAGUAGAAAAUUCGUAAUGUCGUUUGGGUACCACACAGCUGAUCGAUAGAGGAAAGAAAAUCUGUGAAAAUAAAGUGUCAUUUUUGAAAAUUUCCUUAAAAAAUUUUCAAAGUAUAGAAUUGUAAACAAGACGUAUAAAUAAACGAUAAACCGUAUCUGUGGACAAAUA